AUGACCGUCUCUCAUACCUCCAACGUCGGACCUCUCAACGUCCUCGUCUCGACGCGAGCUGUCCUCACGCUUCCGGACAACUCCCUCAUCAUCUCUCCGGCCACCAUCUGCGUAUCCCCCGAGCUCGGCAAGAUUGUCUCUAUUGUGCCAGAGAUUGUCCCUGCCUCGGCCUUCCCUCCCAGCGCUACCUAUGUAGACGUCUCUCCCAAGCUGUUGCUACCGGGCCUCGUGGAUGCCCACGUCCACCUGAAUGAGCCUGGUCGAACCGAAUGGGAGGGAUUCUGGACCGGCACCCGAGCAGCUGCGAGCGGCGGUGUCACCACAGUCGUUGACAUGCCGCUCAAUGCUAUCCCGCCGACAACUACUCUCCACGGGUUCGAAGAGAAGCUCAAGGCCAGCCGCGGCCAGUGCUGGGUAGACGUAGGCUUCUAUGGCGGAGUCAUUCCCGGAAAUGCAGACGAGUUGAAGCCACUCGUAGAGGCCGGCGUCAGAGGCUUCAAAGGCUUCCUUAUCGAGUCCGGCGUUGACGAGUUUCCUGCCGUGUCGGCCAAAGAUGUCGCGCUAGCUAUGGAGACUCUCAAGGAUGAGCCGACCACUCUGAUGUUCCACGCCGAGAUGAUCCCUCCCAUUGCAGACUCGGUAGGAGAUGCCGUGCAGACGUCUGAUCCUCCCGCCGCUCCCAAAGGCGAAUUGACCGCCUACAGCACUUUUCUCGAGUCACGGCCGCCCGCUUUCGAAACGUACGCUAUUGAGGAAAUCCUUGCGCACGCCCACAUCGCUCCAUCGCUGCACUUGCACAUUGUUCACUUGUCGGCGACGCAAGCGACCCCCAUCCUCAAGGCGGCCCGCCAGAGAGGCAUCAACAUCACCGCCGAGACUUGCUUCCACUAUCUCGGACUUUCAGCAGAAGAGAUCGAAAAGGGCGACACGAGACACAAGUGCUGCCCUCCUAUCCGCGAGGCCAACAACCGAGAUGGUCUGUGGGAGGAGCUGGUCGCCGACGACUCUUGCAUUCGAACCGUCGUAUCCGAUCACUCGCCUUGCACGCCUCAGCUGAAGCUGCUCCCCGAUCACCUUGAGAGGCCUUCGAUGCCUCACUCGGAUUCUGCCGUCGACGUCAAUGGACCCCAAGAUGCUUCGUCUAGCAAGACUGUAGCCCGUGGCGACUUCUUCGCUGCUUGGGGCGGCAUCUCUUCCGUCGGUCUUGGUCUGCCUAUUCUGCAUACCGCAGCCAAGAAGCGCUCGGAAACAUCCAAGGCGCCAACCAUCACGGACAUGGUCCGCCUCUGCUGCCAAGCCACCGCCGAGCAGGUCGGUCUGUCUCAUCGCAAGGGCGCUCUGAAGGUCGGCAUGGACGCUGACAUCUGCGUUUUCGACGACGCCCACACCUGGACUUUUACUCAGGGCGACAUGCGCUGGAAGAACCGCUGUUCACCUUGGCAGGGCCAUGAGUUUACCGGUCGUGUCACGGAGACGUGGCUUCGUGGUCGCAAGGUGUUUGAUUUGAACGCUCCCGGCGAUGGCUUUAUCGAGGGCAAGCCGUUUGGCGAGUCCAUCACUGAGAAGAGAGUUUUCUAA